AUGGAUCCUGGGGCAUCCUCCCCAGAGAAACAGGAUAAAGAGAACUUAGUGGGCGUCAAGAGUAAAGGGCUUGGUAUAUGUGGCUGGAUCCUGUUUUCGUUUUCUUUCCUGUUGAUGAUCAUUACUUUCCCUAUCUCCAUAUGGAUGUGCUUGAAGAUCAUUAAGGAGUACGAACGUGCUGUUGUAUUCCGACUGGGACGCAUCCAAGCUGACAAAGCCAAAGGGCCAGGUUUGAUCCUGGUCCUGCCUUGCAUAGACGUGUUUGUCAAAGUUGAUCUCCGGACCGUUACGUGCAACAUCCCUCCACAGGAGAUCCUCACCAGAGACUCUGUGACCACUCAAGUGGAUGGAGUGGUCUAUUACAGAAUCUAUAGUGCCGUCUCGGCAGUGGCUAAUGUCAACGAUGUCCACCAAGCCACAUUUCUGCUGGCUCAGACCACUCUGAGAAAUGUCUUAGGGACACAGACCUUGUCCCAAAUCUUAGCUGGCCGGGAAGAGAUUGCCCAUAGCAUCCAGACUUUACUUGAUGAUGCCACCAAGCUGUGGGGGAUCCAGGUGGCCCAAGUGGAAAUCAAAGACGUCCAGAUUCCCGGGCAGUUGCAGAGGUCCAUGGCUGCUGAGGCCGAGGCCACCCGGGAGGCCAGGGCCAGGGUCCUUGCAGCAGAAGGAGAAAUGAAUGCUUCUGAAGCCCUGAAGUCAGCCUCCAAGGUGCUGGCUGAGUCCCCCAUCGCCCUCCAGCUGCGUUACCUGCAGACCUUAACCACCGUGGCCACAGAGAAGAAUUCCACCAUUGUGUUUCCUCUGCCCAUGAACGUACUAGAGGGCAUGGGCGGCAUCAGCUACAGUAACCACAAGACGGUCCCUAACAGAACCUGA